AUGAGUGGAAUUGCGGACGCGUGCUUCUCCUGCCUGUCGACUGUUGACCGCUGGUGUCAUAUCACCUCCUGUCUCGGUGGUGGUCGCUCGAGGGAUGGAAUUUACGAGACAACUCUAGCCGACAAUGAACGGGAAGCUGUAUCUGAUCUACUAGGCUAUCUUGAAAAUAGAGCCGAAACGGACUUCUUUUCUGGAGAACCCCUUCGUGCACUGAGCACUUUAGUUUAUUCUGAUAACGUGGACCUGCAAAGAAGUGCUAGUCUGACGUUCGCUGAAAUCACAGAGCGAGAUGUUCGAGAGGUCGAUCGGGAUACCCUUGAACCCAUUCUUUUCUUGCUACAGAGCUCUGAUAUUGAAGUCCAACGGGCUGCUAGCGCGGCACUUGGGAAUCUUGCUGUAAAUGCGGACAAUAAGGUGUUGAUCGUCGCACUGGGAGGGCUGGCCCCUCUAAUACGACAAAUGAUGUCUCCCAACGUCGAGGUUCAGUGCAAUGCAGUGGGUUGCAUUACGAACUUAGCUACCCAUGAGGAAAAUAAGGCGAAGAUUGCACGAUCAGGAGCUCUAGGGCCACUGAUCCGCCUUGCAAAAUCGAAGGAUAUGCGUGUACAACGCAAUGCAACUGGGGCUUUGCUUAAUAUGACACACUCUGAUGACAAUCGGCAACAACUGGUGAAUGCCGGUGCUAUACCUGUUCUAGUUCAAUUGCUCUCUUCCCCCGAUGUAGAUGUGCAAUACUAUUGUACGACAGCACUCAGCAACAUCGCCGUCGAUUCUUCGAACCGAAAGAGGCUUGCGCAAACUGAGUCGCGGUUAGUUCAGUCUCUAGUGCAUCUUAUGGACUCGUCUACGCCAAAAGUGCAGUGUCAAGCCGCCCUCGCCCUCAGAAACCUUGCAUCAGACGAGAAGUACCAGCUCGAGAUUGUACGAGCAAAAGGCCUUGCCCCGCUCCUCCGCUUGUUGCAGUCCUCCUAUCUUCCCCUCAUCCUCUCCGCUGUCGCCUGUAUUCGCAACAUUUCCAUCCACCCUCUUAACGAAUCCCCGAUCAUCGAUGCCGGCUUUCUCAAGCCCUUGGUGGAUCUUCUCGGCUCUACAGAUAAUGAGGAAAUCCAGUGCCAUGCUAUUUCCACUCUUCGAAAUCUUGCAGCAAGCUCCGACCGCAACAAGGAGCUUGUCCUCCAAGCCGGUGCAGUUCAAAAGUGCAAGGACCUGGUUCUACGAGUACCCCUUAGUGUUCAAUCCGAGAUGACUGCUGCAAUUGCUGUGCUGGCCCUCAGCGACGAGUUGAAGCCUCAUCUUCUCAGUCUUGGGGUUUUCGACGUCUUAAUUCCCUUGACGGAAUCAGAGAGUAUCGAAGUGCAGGGAAAUAGUGCUGCCGCCUUGGGCAAUCUAUCCUCUAAAGUUGGGGACUAUUCGAUCUUCGUUCGUGACUGGGCCGAUCCAAAUGGUGGGAUCCACGGCUAUCUCAGCCGCUUCCUCGCAAGUGGUGAUCCCACAUUUCAGCAUAUCGCUAUCUGGACCCUCCUGCAAUUACUUGAAUCCGAAGACCAAAGAUUGGUUGGGUACAUUGCGAAAUCGGAUGAUGUUGUUCAGAUGGUCAAGACGAUCUCAGACAAGAAUAUUGAGUCCGACGAGGAGGAUGCGGAGGAUGGAGAGGGUGAGGUCAUUGCGCUGGCCCGACGAUGCCUCGAAUUUCUUGGAAAUGGACCCAGACAGACCCUGGUAGAAGGUUAA